UAAGAAAGCAUACUAGAAUUUGACACAAGUUAUCUAUAAAUAUCUACAUUCUUCCGAUUGCCAAAACCAUACUUUCUGCCUUCCAGUCUGAAAUAAGAAUAAAAUGGCUUCCAAGUGCGCUGAUGUACUUGACAAGCCUCAUGCAGUUUGCAUACCAUGCCCUGCUCAAGGCCACAUUAGCCCGAUGUUAAAAUUAGCCAAAAUCCUCAAUCACAGAGGCUUUCACAUAACCUUUGUCAACACGGAAUACAACCAUAGGCGUUUCCUUAAGUCUCGAGGCCUUACUUCUCUCAAAGGGUUGCCCUCCUUUCAUUUUGAGACCAUUCCUGAUGGCCUCCCACCAUGUAAUGGAGAUGUCACCCAAGAUAUUGUUGCUCUAUCUGAAUCCCUUACCACUACUUGUUUAGGUCCUUUCAAAGAGUUACUUGCCAAGCUCAAUAAUAGGAGUGCUUCUUCAUCCGAUGUGCCACCUGUUUCGUGUAUUAUUUCUGAUGGAUGUAUGAGUUUUACUCUCUCUGCUGUUCAAGAUUUGGGUAUUCCUCAAGUUUUCUUUUGGACCACAAGUGCUUGCGGUUUAUUAGGUUACAUGCAUUACUGCAACCUUGUUGAAAAAGGAUACACUCCCCUUAAAGAUGAAAGUUACUUGACAAAUGGCUACUUGGAGAAGACUUUGGAUUGGAUACCAGGAAUGAAAGAAAUACGAUUGAGGGAUCUUCCAGCUUUUAUUAGAACUGCAAAUCCAGAUGAUUACAUGAUUAAAUAUCUCCUCCAAGAAACAGAGAGAUCGAAAAAUGCUUCUGCUAUAAUUGUCAAUACAUUUGAGCCACUAGAGAAAGAGGUUCUUGAAUCACUUCAAGCACUUCUUCCUCCGGUGUAUGCAAUUGGACCAUUGCAUUUGAUUGUGAAACAAGUUGAUGACAAGAAUUUAGAGGACUUAGAAUCCAAUCUAUGGAAAGAAGAUCCAAAGUGUCUUGAAUGGCUAGAUUCCAAGAAACCAAAUUCUGUUGUUUAUGUCAAUUUUGGAAGUAUUGUUGUCAUGACUAAAAACCAACUAAUUGAAUUUGCUUGGGGACUUGCCAAUAGCAAGGUGGAAUUUUUGUGGAUCAUAAGGCCUGAUAUUGUAUCAGGGGAACAAGCAGUUCUUCCAUCUGAAUUCUUGGAAGAAACUAAAGAAAGAGGAAUGGUAGCAAGUUGGUGUGCACAAGAAAAAGUCCUUAACCACCCUGCAAUUGGAGUGUUCUUGACCCACAGUGGAUGGAAUUCGACCCUUGAAAGUAUUGGUAGUGGGGUGCCAAUGAUUUGCUGGCCGUUCUUCGCGGAGCAACCGACUAAUUGUUGGUUCUGUUGCACCAAAUUGGGAAUCGGAAUGGAGAUCGACAAUAAUGUGAAGAGGAACGAAGUUGAAAGCCUUGUGAGAGAGUUGAUGGUCGGAGAGAAAGGCAAAAAGAUGAAGAAAAAGGCAUUGGAAUGGAAGAAAUUGGCUGAAGAAGCUGCUCAAAAACCAGCAGGAUCAUCUUACAUGAACGUUGAUAAAAUGAUCAACGAAAUUCUCCUCAAACACUAGACAUUUAUUAAUUAUCAAUAGGUUAUUUUUUUGUCUUUCCUAUGUUGAGAUGCUUUCUCUGUAAUUGAUGUCGUCUUUGAAUAAAAUUGAAAAAUGACGAAUGUUGUGGUCCA